AUGGCUAAAAAAGUAGUCUUUGAACUGGAAAGUCCAAUCAUAUCCUCUAUAAGUGAGCCAAUAACGACGAAAGAGCUUGUCGAUAGGUUGAGGAAUGUCUGCGACCAAUUAUCAGCUUUAGACCAAGAUUUAGUAGAUCUUGACUCUUUGGCGGAGAUCAAAAAGGAUCUUGUAAACCAAAAGUUAAUAAAACAUAACAAUCAAGGAGUUCAAGCUUACGUGAGCUGUUGUUUGGCAGAAAUCUUAAGACUUUAUGCUCCUGAUGCUCCGUAUACUGCUACCCAAUUGACUAACAUAUUCCGUUUAUUUAUCAGUCAAUUCAAGAAACUAUUGGAUGAAGAGAGUCCAUACUACUUGAACUUAUAUAACCUACUCAAGAGGGUUGUGGAGGUAAAGAGCAUUGCUUUAAUGACAGAUUUACCUGCUGCUGAGAAGUUGACCGAUGAAUUGUUCAAAGGAAUAUACGAUAUUUGCAAACAUUCUGCGUUCCCAGAAAAAGUGGACACACUAAUCAGCGACCUUCUCUCAGAAGUUAUUUCUGAAUCUGAUUCUAUCAGUCUACCCGUGUUAAAACUGAUACUUAACAAAUUUAUGGCGAAUAAAACUGUCUCAGAUUCACAACAUAAAAACAUCAGGGUUCCAGGCUUUUCGAUUACUUUGAAUAUCUGCAAAACCAAUACUGAUCGUUUAUCACGACAAGUUACACAAUAUUUUUCGGAAGUAAUUUACGAGGUCACCGCUAAUGAAAAUGGAACAAAUCAAGUAUCUUUAGAUCCGGAUACUCUUGAUCAAUUACGCAAGUUGCACGGAUUAUGUAUCGAAAUAUGGAAAUAUGUGCCAGACUUGCUUCUUUCAGUCAUGGGGGUACUAGAUAACGAAUUGGAUGCUGAUAGUGAACAAAUCAGAGAAUUGGCUACCCUAACUAUCGGGAAAAUUGCAUCUGUUCAACCCUCGGAUGUUAACUUUGUCAAGGUUCACCAAGAUUCAUGGAACAAUUGGAGGAAAAAGAUACUGGAUAUUUCUUCUAGGGUGCGGGCAUCCUGGGUAUCAGCUACGUUUAAUAUCAUAGAAAAUAGAACAGAUAUCAACGAUGAUAUCGUCACAGGAAUUACAAAAGCAUUGUUAGACACAGACCUUCACGUUAGAUUGAACACAGUCAAGGUUUUCAACAAGCUACAACCGGAAACUUUUGUUAGUAAGCUUUUGAGUCGCUCAAUUAUGGAUGUCUUGAUCCAUUUAUUGAGGGAGAAAAACUAUGAGAUACGCAAAGAGUCCAUUUCAUUCGUCAGCAACUUGUACAAUAGAACUUUUAUUGACCUCUAUGCGGCUGACAAAAAACUUGACGAUACAAUUGGAACAAUACCGAGUGCUAUACUUAAUUUAGUGUACAUUAAUUCGACUGAAAUAAAUCAACAUUUGGAUUUGGCACUGUUUGAAAAAAUACUUCCAUUUGAUAACAUAGAUGAAAAUCGUGCCAGAAGAUGUCUGACUGUCUUAAAACAUUUAGAUACAAAGGCAAGAUCUGCGUUCGUUGCUAUUUUGAAAAGACAACGGCAAUUAUCCGAUGUACUGACCCAAUUUGUUGGCCUUUGUGAGGCCUACAACGGAGGCAAUCCUGCAGAUAAAGAAAACAAGGAGACCCUUAUCAAGAAGAUUGACAAGGUGUCCAACUGGAUCAGUUUGUCUAUUCCUCCGGACAUACGCCCUAUCUCCUGUCUAAACCGCUUUGUUGCAGAAAACAGCAAGAGGUACUACAAACUGAUCAAGAUAGCCAUAUCCACCGAAAGCAACUAUGAUACUGUUAGAAAUGCCUUGAAAGAACUAUUCAAUCACCUUUCGUCACCAAGUAAGGAAAAAACUAGUAUGGAUUCUGCUCAGGUCACUCCUGAGCAAAUGGUUAGCACAUUUAAGCUGUUGCUAUAUAGAACAGCCGUAAUAAUUUCUAACCAAAGCAACAUGCAUUCUUUAUUUGAAAUAGCCAACCAGAAUGGUGAACUUGCAAACACUGCACAGGAACUAAUCGAAACAAUAUCAGAAACCUCACCGGCUGUUUUCAAAAGUCAGAUACAUCAGUUCACUAAUAUCCUUCGUUCUAUCUGUUCAGCUAAAAGCUAUCAUAAAGCUACCGAAGAAAGAUCGCUAGUAAAAACUCUAAAAACAAUAUAUCAUUAUGCUAAGCAGUAUCCUCAAGAGAUGAACAUGGAUGAAUCUCUAACCAUUGCUUUACAGUUUAUCUGCGAGAAAGGAACACCGACAGAAUCAAGGUUUGCAGUCAAAAUAUUAGGAUUGCAGGGUGAAAAAUCUAUUUUGAAAAGAAUUCUGGCAACAAUAUACCCACUCGAUGAUACCAGUGAACAUCUUGCUUCACAUCUUUGUGUUAUAAGUGAAAUGUUCCUCUUGGAUGAUUCUCUUUUGGAAAGCGUCGAAAGUGAUCUUACGUCGACUUUGAUAAAAGAUUAUCUUUUGAAAAACAAAAUUAAACAGAAAGAAGACCAUUCUGAAUUUGUGAGUGACGAUGAAUUAGAGACAAAAGAAUUCACUUCUUGUGCCAUCAAGAUAUAUUCUCUGAAAGUAAUUGUCAACCGACUGAGAGCUAGUCAUGACGCUGAAAAUAGCAAGGAACUGGCAGAGCCUGUGCUGAAAUUACUUUUCUUCAUUAUAGGAAAUUCUGGGGAGAUUGUUAAUGAAAAAGAUUCCUCGUAUCCAUCUCCCCAACAUUUCAAAACCAGGCUGCGACUUAUGGCGGGCCUGAGUUUUUUGAAACUGGCCAAAUAUCCAACAUAUAGCAAGAUGAUGAAACCUUCAUUGGUUUACAGAUUAAUCUUCUUGGUUCAAGAUGAAAAUGAAACAAUCAGAGAAGCUUUUCUCAAUGAACUGCAGAAAUAUUUAGCAGAGAACCAUAUUUCUGACAAGUUUCUUCCCUUGGUCUUUUUUACUGCGUAUGAGCCACUCGAUGGGUUAAAGGCCAAAACUUUAACUUGGAUGCGCUCUACGUACAAGCGCUUUUCUAGUGACAAGAGUAAGCCUUUAAUUUUUGAAAAAUCCCUGGUGAGACUAAUUCACAUGAUCGCACACUUUCCUGAAUUUGUCGAUUCGUUGAAGAUACUCCCUAAAGAACCCGAGAAGGCAAGUCUAGUACCGACUUUAAUAUCAGCCUCGGAAUACAUUAUCGAAUUCCUAGAGGUUGUGGCCACAGAAAAGAAUAUCUCAUUACUCUAUUACCUUGCGACACAAGUUAAGAAAUAUCAGGAUGGGCUUUUUAGUGCUGCAGAUUAUGACCUGGACGAAAAUCCGGUCAUUUAUAAUCUGUAUCGAGUAUCUGAAUUAGCGCAAGUCUGCAUAAAGCUAUUAUCACUAUCGAAAAGCUGGAAUGUUCAAACUUGGCCAGGGAAGGUCCAACUCCCAGGUGACAUAUUUUCUUCCAUGAAGAGCAUCAAAGAAGCUCAGGACAUUGUUUCGAUUUCCUUUUUACCCGAUCAGGUUGUUGUGGAAGUAGAGAAUGCGGUAAGAGCAAGGAUUGCCAGAACGAAUUCCAGAAAAGAUGGUUUACGUCGGAACAAAAGGAUAAAGACGGCUGCCUGA